AUGGCUGCUGACGCGUUAUCCGUAUCAGCCAGCACUGUGAAUUGUCAAAAUUGGUUCGUGGUGGACUUUGAUGGUACUUGCAGCAUCAAUGACACGACUCCCAUGCUUCCCCGAUUGGCAGCCUUGUGUGCCAAGGAAUUGGCAGGCGAGCCUUCUCCAAGCAUGACGUUGGAAGAACGGCAAUCCAAAUUCUCCGAACUGGAACAAGAAUACUUUGCUCUCUAUUUAAAAGCCAAGUCGGAAUGUCAACCACCACCAGCAACAGACAAGAAUGAGAGCAACAACAAGGAAACUGUCAUUUCCAGUCUCGCGCAAGCCUUGGAUCGUUUGGAUCAAGUGUCCAAUAUCGUGACGGCCAAAGUGAGUACCUCUGGCUGUCUGAAAGAGUUGCAAGCGGAUCUCGAACACACGGAUUUUGUUCUGGGAGUAGUCCGAAAGUACGACGAAGUAAAGGUAGGAAUUCGGCCCCAUUGUGGUUCCAUCUUGCGUCAGAUACUACACCACCACCACCGCCAGGAAGAGGAGGGCAACAACAAAUGGGGUUUGGCAGUCUUGAGCGUCAAUUGGUGUCCCAGUUUGAUUGCUGCCAGUCUACGACCCGAAAUAGAACAAUACAGCAUGCCUAUUAUCUGGAGCAAUCGAGUCGACUCGAAAACUGGAAGGGUGGAAUUGUCCAUUCCGGGAGCCUUGGCCAAACAAGAAAAGAUUGCCAGUCUUCGGUCGGAGUCGUUAUCGUCAUCGUCAUCGUCACCACGAGGGCUCAUUGUCUACGUAGGAGAUUCGUCCACCGAUCUGUUGGCCAUCUUGGAGGCAGAUGUUGGAAUCCUCUUUGGUGGAUCCUCGUCGGCCAUUGCCUUGGCCCAACAAUAUGGAGUCACGGUCAAGCCAUUGUCAGAACGCAACGGUUGGAUGGGUAAUGAUAUUACAAAAACAGCAAGUGAACCAAUCAUUUGGACGGCUGGUUGCUGGUCCGAAGUUGAGGCACUGAUGAAAGGGGACGACGCGAGCACCUGGUUUCGAUAG